AUGGCGUGUUCAUCUGUCUCCAUGGCUGUGGAGUCGUACGAAGAGCCCGUCGUCGGGACGAGUUCUGGCAGCGAGCCCAACAGAAACGCUUGUCAGAGAAGGCGGCACUCUUCAUAUCACCCACGACGAAGAUUAUCCUCGUUGAUCGACAAUGAUAAUAUUCAUCUCAAAGUUGAGCGAUUCCUAGUUGAAUUAGAACGCAGACUCGAUUUCCUUGAAAAUUACGGAAACUUGAAAUUAGACACGGGAAUCAAGAGUGCUUAUUCCACCCUCCAGGCGGUUCGAGAUGCCUGCUCUCAUGUGUCAGGAGAAGUGUUGGAUGCAGGAAAGCGGCGCGCAAAGGUCCUCGUUGAGACCCUAGAGGACCGAUAUAACGAUGCCUUGGCGACAAAGGAGACUUUGGAAGCCAAGGCUUUGACUGCUAUACAUCUUAUGGAAGCUACCCUUGCGGACUUUGAAUCUCGGGCAUACGCAAUGCGCGAUGCUGGAUUCGGUACGGUUGCCGGCGAGCUCAUGGAUUCGGGUCGGCGACGGCUUGACGAGGGAUAUGAAAUGGCAAAAGGGGUCGUAGAUGGAGGUAUCGAACGAGCAUGGAGAGCCAAGGAGAGCCUGACAGAAAAAGUGGAACAUGCAAUCACACGCGCGCGCGAACACGGAUUGAUAAAGUACGAGGAUCUUCCGGAGCCAUGGCGCGUCAACCCGCACAUCCUUCGAGGUUAUCGUUUCACCGAGACGAAAAUCGAUUGCGUCCGCUCUGUUCUUCGUAUAUCAAAUGAGUCAGUCAACAUCUGGUCUCAUGCAAUCGGCCUCAUGAUAGUGCUUGCCAUUGCCUUUUACUUUUACCCGAUGCAUGUCAAUUUUUCUCUCAGCACCAAAUCGGAUGUCUUCAUUGCAGCGGUAUUCUUCUUUGCCGCUUGCAAAUGCUUGGUCUGCAGUACCAUGUGGCAUACGAUGAACAGUAUUGCAGAGCAAAAACUGAUGGAACGCUUUGCUUGCGUGGAUUAUACCGGUAUCUCACUUCUUAUCGCGGCCUCUAUCAUGACUUCAGAAUAUACCGCCUUUUAUUGCGAGCCCAUGAGUCGUUGGGGCUACAUGCUCACCACCGCGACCCUGGGUGUCGGCGGUGUCAUUCUGCCAUGGCAUCCAACCUUCAACCGAGCAGAUAUGAGCUGGGCCAGGGUAGCAUUUUAUGUCUCUCUGGGCGCUACUGGCUUCCUUCCCUUUUUCCAACUCACCGUCACUCGCGGCUGGGCCUGGUCCAUUUACUUCUAUGCACCUGUGGUGAAAAGCAUUCUCGUUUACCUUUUCGGGGCUCUCAUAUACGCGCAUAAAAUUCCUGAGCGAUGGUGGCCUGGAUUCUUCGACUAUUUCGGAGGCAGCCAUAAUCUUUGGCAUUUUGCUGUUCUUGGAGGCAUUUUCUUUCACUAUCUCGCCAUGCAAGACUUUUUUGCCGGCGCCUUUAGAAGGGCCGAAGCGGAGUGCAUGCUGCGCUAG